AUUUUCAUAUAUUAGCAUCACAUGGACGGGAAAAAAUUCCCUAGCUUUUAAGUAUAUAGUUAGCAUCCCUCCAUUUAAAUGGCACGAAUCGGAAGUCUGAACUGUGCUGGCGCGCAUUGCCUCGUCUUCCAGGCCAUGAAAACCGAAACCAGCUCGAGAGAGAGAAUUGCGCUCCAACAUUCCAUAGCCAAUGGAAGCAAUUCUUCGACGGCCAUGAAAAAUCUCACCUUUCUACGACCAGACAAUGAUACUCCCUUCCUCCAUUCUCGCUGCCAUUUUACCAUCUCCAGCAAUUUCACCCUCGAUUCAUUUCAAGCUUUGGGUUUUCUCGGGAUUGAUAUUUUGGGGUUUGCCGGUUCUGAUCCGAUGCCUGAAGGCGCGGCUCAUCCCCCCUGCAGCCUCGAUGACUCGCCUAUGUUUCGCCAGCAGAUGCAAUCUAUGGAGGAAAAUGCUGAGGUAUUGAAGGAGAAAUGCCUGAAGUUUUGCAAAGGAUGCCGAAAAUACUCGGAAGGGCUUCUAGAAGCAUAUGACAGAGACAUUUCUUUUGCUAGUGCCCUUGAAGUCUUUGGAGGAGUGCAUGAUGAUCAAACUUCCGUGGCGUUUGGAGGUCCUGAUAUGGUGAAUUGUGCAAUAGCCUUGAGAGAAAUAGGAACAUACAAGGAAACUCUACGAUCACAGGUAGAGGAUGUUCUAAUUGAAAGGCUACAACACUUAGCCAUGGUUGAGCUUCCUCAUGUAAAGGAAGCUCGGAAGCGUUUUGACAAAGCAAAUGUAAUCUAUGAUCAGGCACGUGAAAAAUUUUUGGCGCUAAGGAAAAACACGAGAUUGGACAUAUGUGUGGCCAUUGAGGAGAGAGCCGUUCCAGGAACUUCACCAGUCAAGAUCGAGUUUUGAGAAUGCCCGGUUUAAUCUGUUUGGAGCUCUUUCCUCUAUUGAUGAAAAAAAGAAGUUUGAGUUUUUGGAAGCUGUUACGUGUACAAUGGAUGCUCAUCUUCGUUACUUCAAGCAGGGGUAUGAGCUUUUACAUCAGAUGGAGCCUUAUAUCAACCAGCCCUGGCAGAAAAUAAGUGUGUAAAAUAAAACCUUUUGUUUGUUGUUAUUUUCCUUCUUUUAAGCCUUUUAUUAAACAAAUAAAACCCUCCCUU